AUGUUACUGCGCUGGGUUGGUGUGAUGUUCUCGCGCUGUGGAAGUAUCAAGAAGUCAAGCUCACAUAAAAUAUCAUGCGAAGGAUCAACCUCAGAUAUAGAAGGUUACAAAUUCUCGUAUGUACGAUACAUCUGUGUGAUUAUUGGUUGUAUCCUGAGUGGUGGACUUCUACGGUUACUGUUUCACUGGUUUCCUCAUUGGAUGCUAUGGUGUACACAUAAAGUCUGUGAUCUCAACGAGGCGAACAAAGUCAUGAUAAAGGAUAUUUCUGGUAUCUACAUCCAUAAAGUUCAAUAUCCUACACGAGGAAAGUCAAGGUCACAAUAUAACAAUUCAACAACGGACGGUUUUCCUGAAAACCAAACUGAACGCCCAUAUAUCAUACAUAAAAAGCUAAAGUACAUCUGGAACUUUGAGUCUGAAAAUUUCGAGCUACUACAAAACUGGGAUGAGCGUCCUUACGAUGAAGUAUUAAAUGCACCCACCUUAACUACGGAUCUAAUUGAAACUCGUCGAAACUUGUAUGGAAUUAAUAAGAUAGAUGUCAGUCUUACACCGAUAAUGAGGCUUGUUUUGAAUGGAUGUCUCACCCCGUUUCACUGCUUUCAAGUGUUCAGCUGUGUAAUAUGGUUUUGUGUCGAGUACGAAAUAUAUGCAACGUGUAUUGCUGUGUUCUCUGUAACAUCACUUAUUUUUCAGGUUUACGAGCUUCGUAAGAAUGAACGAGCUUUAAAGAAAACUGUAUGCAUUUCGUCUAAAGUUACUGUAUGCAGACGUCGUGACGGGGAAGAUGAUUUUAUGCUUGUCGACUCAACCGAAUUGGUACCAGGAGAUUUAAUUGCCAUUCCGAGUAGUGGAUGUUUGAUGCAAUGUGAUGCAGUAUUAUUGAUGGGGAACUGCAUCGUGAAUGAAAGUAGCUUAACAGGUGAAAGUCUACCGAUUACAAAAAUCCCACUGCCCAAUGGACAAUAUGAAAAUACCACAUUUGAUUUUCGUUCAUGCCCACGACAUAUUCUCUUCAGUGGCACAUCUGUCAUUCAGACACGUGGUGAUAUAAAUAAGCGUGUUUUGGCUGUAGUUAUCCGAACGGGAUUUAUGACCACUAAAGGAGAACUUGUGCGAUCUAUCAUGUUUCCGAAACCUAUGAAAUUUAAAUUUACUCAGGAUGCCUAUCAGUUUUUAGGAGCUCUUUGUGGAGUGGCACUUGUUGGUCUGUGUGUCUCUGUUUAUCUCAUGUAUUGGAAUAAGAAGGAGUUGUACUAUAUUAUUUUGAGACCUUUGGACUUAGUAACAAUUGUGAUACCACCUAUUCUACCAGUGGCGAUGAGUGUUGGAAUCGUUUUCGCUCAACGGCGACUUCGUAAUCACGGUAUUUAUUGUAUAAAUCCAAGCGUUAUGAAUGUUUGUGGUGUAAUUAAUCUCACCUGUUUCGAUAAGACUGGUACUCUCACUGAAGAUGGGUUGGAUCUGUGGGGUGUCGUCCCGAACAGAGAUGGAGUUCUUGGAAAGCCUGAAUUUGAGCCAUCAAAGUUAGAUUAUGGACCUUUGGUUGAAUGCAUGGCUACUUGUCAUUCACUGACUCGAAUUGAUGGUGUCUUAUCGGGUGACCCCUUGGAUGUGAAAAUGUUCCAGUCUACCAAAUGGGAAUUUAUCGAAGUUAUUUCGGAAGACCAACAUAAUUUUGAUUUAGUUAUAUCGGCAAUAGUACGUCCCAAGGAGGAUGAGUGUGGCGACAUAUUUGAAAAGAUACCGUAUGAGAUCGGUAUAGUACGUCAGUUUCCUUUCAGUUCAUCUGUACAACGGAUGUCUGUGAUAACACGUACUUUAAAUGAAUCUCAAUUUCAUGUAUAUACAAAGGGCGCCCCAGAGACAAUAGAAGUUUUGUGUCGACGUGAUACAAUACCUACUAAUUUCCACUCAAAUUUGUUGGAAUUCACUCGAGAAGGCUUUCGCGUUUUGGCAUUGGCUUGGCGACCUAUCAAGGCAUCAUAUUUACGUAUUAUGCGCAUAUCGCGUGACCGAGUUGAACAUAAUCUUUUGUUUCUGGGACUACUGGUGAUGGAAAAUCGACUGAAACCUGAAUCUGGUCCGGUUAUUAAAACUCUACGCCAAGCGAAUAUACGACCGGUUAUGGUAACAGGUGAUCAUAUGCUUACCUCUCUUUCUGUGGCACGAGACUGCGAAAUGAUUGAUGAACUAGAUCGAGUCGUCAUUGUGACAGCUCGUCCACCACCUUGUCCUGAUGAUCUUAUCAAUUCCCUUGUUCAGUUUCACUAUGCAGAAGACUUACACAGACCGGUUACUGAAGUUGCGACAACUAACAUUCAAAUGAAGCGAAAUCUAACUAAAAGUGACAACAGAGAGACAUCGAAACAGUCAUUUUCCAAGAGAUUGAAAACAAGAUUUAAUUUUGGUCGAUUACAAAGUCCCUCAAAAGCUUUUACUAGUUUGUCUGCGCUAGGCAAUAGUGCAAUAUACCACGCCGAUUCUGAAAAAGUAGACAAUCAUAUCGAUUAUGAAAAAUGCCUGUUUGAUAAAUUAGACAAACAUUUAGAUAAGUCAGAUACUUUUAAGUACAAGGAUUCUGCUGAAAACCGUUAUGCACUUUCCAUUCGAAUGAUCGAUAGACCUGAUUUCCAUCUGGCAAUUUCAGGGAAAACAUGGUCUGUUAUUCAGGAGCACUAUCCUUGGCUAAUACCUAAACUGGUUGUGAAAGGUACAGUGUUUGCUCGCUUCUCUCCUGAACAAAAAGCACAAGUGAUUGAAGCUCUUCAGUCAGUUGGUUACUUUGUUUCUAUGUGUGGAGAUGGUGCAAAUGAUUGUGGAGCUUUAAAAGUAGCUCAUGCUGGGAUUUCCUUAAGUGAAGCAGAAGCAAGUAUUGCUAGUCCUUUUACAUCAAAGAAACAAAAUAUAAGCUGUGUACCUAUGCUUAUAAGAGAGGGUCGUUGUGCUCUUGUAACAAGCUUUGGAACGUUCAAAUUUAUGGCUGGUUACUCCCUUAUUCAGUCAUUUUCUACAAUUAUACUUUUUGCGAUCGGAAGCAAUUUGUCCGAAUGGGAAUUCCUGUACUGUGAUUUUGUCAUAAUAACGACGUUAAGCUUAACAUUUGGAUAUACACAUGCUUAUCCAUAUCUUUCUGCUGAACCGCCUACAAUGAGACUUUUGAGCAUGGUAACAAUGAUUUCAUUAUUUGGUCAAGUGAUAAUUGGUUUCAUUAUUCAGGCAACUGCAUUCAUAUUGAUUCGCUUUCAAUCUUGGUAUAUGCCGUUAUAUUCGUACUCUAAUACAGCUGAGUAUAAGAACUACGAAAAUGCGGCUGUAUUUAUAGUCUCCACUUAUCAAUAUAUAAUUUUGGCCAUUGCCUUUUCAAAAGGAGCACCAUAUCGUAAAUCAAUUUUAACUAAUUAUGCAUUUGUGCUGAAUAUUUUGAUGUGUUUUGCGUUGAGUCUUUACUUGACAACUUAUCCAGUUAAUUGGAUACUUGAACUUUUACAAUUAGUCCGAAUUCCUUCUAUUUGGUUCAUACUCAUUUUACACUCCAUGGUUUUGGCGAAUUUUAUGGCUAGUUAUAUUGUUGAAUCAAUUGUUGAUGGAGUCUCUUUUCGACGUCGUAUACGUCGCAUUCGUCGAGCGCUAUUUCCAAGACGUGUGGAACGCAAAGCUUAUGAGCGAAUUCGAGAAGAAAUUGACAGGUCAGCUGGUGUUUGGCCUCCCCUACUAAGAUCUGCCAGUCUACAAGCAUUACCACGGGAUCUGUUCACUGAUGAAAAUUUAGACGUGACUACUCGUCCUAGAAGUAGACGGCUCUCUUCUGCAGUAUCGAAUGACACAGAUGUAGAUGUUGCUUCUGUUCAAAGUGAAAUAACUGACAGACGACAGCUUCCCUUUAGCAGUACAGACGGUGAUAUCGGUCUGCAUAAAAAACGCAAUCUUUCAGUGGACUCACUACAGCAUCACACUGUUUAUGAUCCAGAUGUAUUUGAUCAUUCUUCAGUGUCAAGUACACCUUCAGCUUUAGAGGUUCCUGUUAUCGAAAGCAUGGGUUCACAUUUGAGAAAUGAGGGUGAAGAAAAUCGUGAAUAA